CACCAACACACAACCCAGACAAGAAGAUCCGAGGAGUUUAGGGGUACAAUUGGAAUGUAUAGAAGUUAUCGCUUUCACUUUCACCCAUCAAAACGCAAAGUCAUCGUUAUCUUGGAGAAAUCACUUCAAAGGAUUGUGUUACAUUUUUUGUUGUUGUGAAUGACAACAACAAUUUACAUGGCAACAGUUUAAAUAGUAACUUUCAAUACAAUAAAUGUAAAAUAAUACAUUUCCUCUGCUAUUGCCUAUUUCCGGCAGUCAAUUCUCAGUGUUGUAAUGACGUCAUGGGGGUACAGUGUAUUACAGAAAUCGAACAAUUUGCUUUCACUGUGAAGUCGUUCAAGGUCAAAAAGAAACAUAAAAUACUUCUUUCAUGUGUAUGAUAACUCUUAAAACAAAAAAACUACUCACAUUGAAUGAACUUCGAUUGCAAAUCACGGUCUUUUGUGGGAGUAUAAAAGCAUUUCGCCCGGCUCUUGUAUUUAUCUUGUGUUAUGUCUACUACAGAAAAUGAAGACCUUUGCGCUGUGUGUAGUGCACCGUCUACCGGCUAUCAUUACGGUUGCUAUGCUUGCGAAGGCUGCAAGAGCUUCUUCAAGCGAACAGUUCAAAAAAACCUCAAGGAAAAAUAUCAAUGUCAAAAUGGGGACGAAGCAUGCGAAAUCACAUUGGAAACGAGAGCAAAAUGUCAAGCUUGCCGGUUGAAAAAAUGUUUACACGUUGGUAUGGUGUUUGGAGGUGUAAGAGGAGAUCGUCAAAGAGGUGGGAGAUCUUUUUAUCCUUUAAAAACACCUGAUGCAAACAGCUCGGAGGUUUCAGCGGAAGGAAAAGAAGAGGUGACUAAUACAAAAAGUGACUGUACCACUGCAGAAGAGAGAUUAAAAAUCAUGCAACAAUUAUUGGAUGCUUCACCGGCUAUUAUUCCUCCGGGUGAAUAUCUUCUUAGACCCCCUCUUCAAGAUCCUGUUAUUAAUAUUCCAUUGACGAGAUUAUCCAAUGGCAUAUCACUGGAACUUAAGCUUAUAGUUGACUGGGCAAAAGCUAUCCCAGGGUUUCCUGAUCUGGCAAAGGAGGAUAAAAUUAAAUUACUUUCAUCUGCAAUGGAGCUUCAAGUUUUAGAUGUUUAUCGUUCCAUGCCUUAUGAGGACAGUCUUCACAUGAAUCAACCUUCAAUUUUAAAAAGAAAAGAAUGCUACAUUUUUCUUAGUGAGGAGUUAGUGGAUGGAAUGCUUGAUGUUGUUCAACGUUUACGUUCUCUCAUGAUUGACGAGAGUGAAUUUGCUUGUCUGAAUGCCAUUUUACUGUUUAAUUAUGACACAGAAGGAUUAAAAAACAGUGAAGCUGUUCAAAAACAAUGUCAGAUAAUUAUGAGAACACUAGAGGAUUACACUGAGAAAAAAAAACCUGGUCGUUUUGCCAAAAUACUUCUUCGUUUGCCAGUUCUUCGUCAAGUUUGCAACAAUGGCUACCUUUACUUUGUACGAGUACAGAUGGAAGGUGAUGUCACCAUGUCAACAUUACUGACACAAAUGUUUGAAAAGGCAAGAAUAUAAGUAAAGAAUUCUCCAACUGAUGACUUUCCAAUUUACAAAUAUGUUAGUAAUGAUAACUUCAACACUUUGAUUCUCUUUCAUUCCUUGAUUCCUUUUCAAUUAACAUUUGUUCCAAUCUCAGCUCAUUUAGGCAAUCAAUUGAAAUUAUAAAAACAAAAUUUUAAUUGUUAAUAUCAAUUACGUUUCACAAACUCUGUUCAUUAAACAAUAACACAUGGCGAAAAUCUGUACCACGCGUUGAAAUGAUGUGUUAUUCGAAAUAUAAGCAAAGGAUGUAGUCUUGUCUAACAUCUAUCAACCUCAAAAUUUAUCACAGAUGUGUACGACACUUAGACAUCAUCAGAAAGAACAAAGUCCAAAGAUGAAUGAGACAUGUAAAUGUUCUAGAUAAUUACUUAAUUACUAAUUAAAAUAGCGAUUGCAUGUA